CUACAGCACAGCAUCUGCUGAAAUCGUCGAGCGUUGGAAGUCGAAUAAGGGAAGCCAUUUGACCAAAAAAGACUUAUUAAUUGACAGACUAAGAGACAGAUCACUAGUAAAAUGGCCGAUGGAGUGGAUGGCACUAUCAUAGAAGCCAAUAACCCAGGUGUAAAGGAAGUUGUCAAGAAUUGGUCUGUAUACGAAGAUGGAGCACUGGCAUAUCAGUUGCAGGAAGAAGAAAAUGUGACCCAUUACAGUGGAAACAUCUCCCGGAGACGGACAGUGAGGGGAGAUCGGGAGGUUGCUAAGGAUGUCGCUAAGGAAUCCGCCCUCGAAGCUUUCAGGGAGGAGCAUGAGAUCGCAGAGAGGAACAUAAAAUUGGAGGAGGAGGACAGAGAAAGAGCCAGAAUCCUUCAGAUUCAGAUGAUACAGGAAGAGCAAGAGAAAGCUUUACAGGCACAGGAAUCAGAUGAGAUGCUUGCCAAGAGGAUGCAGAUGGAGGAGAAGAGGAGAAUGGAAGCUGCCAGGAAGAAGAGGAUUGAAGCGGAGCAGAUGGCGAGAGAUCACCAGCUUGCUCGGCGGUUAUCACAGCAGGAGAACGGUCUCCAUCGACCACCGCACUCCGGCAAACACAAAUCGAAAACAGAUUACGUGGAAGUGGAACAUUCGAUGGGAGGGAUGAAACUGGACGACUCGCAUCGCACCAACCACACCCACCCGCACCCCCACUCCCAUUCUCACCCACACUCACACUCACACUCCCACUCCCACUCCCACUCACGCUCGUCGUCUACCGCCUCUGGAGGAGGAGAACAAGCCCUCGUUGUUGCCAUAGAUCCGAGAGAGGGUGACAGUGAUGAGGAAUCAGAUGCCCUUGCAAAGAUGACACACGAUGAGCAUCUUGCAAGGCGGAUGCAACGUGAGGAAGUCCAGAAGUCUAGACCAAGGACGCUUUCAGAGGAGCAACAGAAACAGUUACUACAUGAUGAGAAAAUUGCCAGAAAAAUGCAGCAUGAGGAAGUGAUGCUCGCCAAGAAGAAAACCUACAACAAAUAUAAACAGAGAGUCAGUGAUGAGAUAGCCGACCCUGAGCCCAUGGUGCAGGUAAACAAGGAUAGUAAAGUUGCCGUGUUAGCAGACGCCAAAGAAGGACAAGGAAUUACACUGACAGAUGUCAGCUUAACACAAAGUGGGAAGGAUAAUCAACCUACCAACAGGUCGAACGGAGGCAACAUCCUGGCAUCGAUAGACCCUACCUACAACCCAGGAGCUAACACCAACGUAGUACUUACAAAGAGAACGCCCAUUAAUCAUGCGACGCACUUACCAGAGCCCAUUCCGGAGCAUGUCAAUGGCGCCCCACCCCCUGACUUUGAAGCAAUCCAAGGGACCAAGAGAUCUACAGCCAAGGAGAAGAAAAGAGGAUCCAUUUUCUCAAAGCUCAAGAAGAAAUAAAAGCGCUUUCCCGUACAGUUGUAGGGUACCUGACCAAAGACAUUUCUUGAAGCUUUUGGAGAAGCGAAAAAGAAAGACUUGUGAAUUACCCAAAUUUUGCGAGGUAAUCUCGAGUCCCUCUGACACGAGACAUUUCCUGAGGCAGCCGAUUGUUCAGUCCCACAUAUUGCAAAAGAUGCUGGGAGCACUUCCUUUUCAAGUUUAGAGUUGCUAACCCUACCCUCAACAUUCUAUGGAAAUCUAAUAAGUGGACAUCUUCUUGAAGCUCUUGAAGAUCUUAAAGGAAAGAAGAAGGAAAAUUUAUCAAUACUUCCCAGAUAAUCUUAGAGAUUUUGUCAUAUGGACAUAUUUUCCAGGCAUCCAACUAUACAGUCCCAUGUGUUGUCAAAGAUGCUGGCAUUUUUUUCAAAGACUUUGAACUGUAUAGUCCCAUACAUAGUCAAUGAUGCUGAUAUUUUUAUUCAGCGAAGCCAUCUGUCCAGUCCCAAGUAUUUUCAAGCAUGCUGGAGCUAUUAGUCCAUUUCCACUUUGUCAAACCUUCGCAACAUUCUACCCAUACUGUUUUGUUCUCUGAUCCCCAAACUCUUUCUAGACUUUAGAGCAAUAACCAUAUAUCUUGGGCUUUUGUUUUUUAAUGAUGAGAAUAAAAACUGGUAGCUGAUCGAUGUAUAAAACUGUAAAUAGCAGAAUUAUUUUAAGUAUCGGUUCUUUCAUGAUUUAAUGUAAGUAACAUUAGAUCUUUAAGCAUCUUUAUUUUUUGAAAUAUUUUCAGUUGUUUAAGCUGGGCAUUACUUUGUACACUUACAUGGAUAGAAAAUUCUGGCAAAUUCUUCAGUGGGACACUCCGCAUUGCAUUGCUUCGCUAUGGCCGUUUUUGCUGUUCAGUGCCGUGAAUUCAAAGAGUUUCAACCAGUUUGUAAAUAUUCUCAAGUAUGAUUGAGAAAUGCUUAUUCCUUACCAAUCGAAAAACAAUAGCUAUCUAGAAGCUACAGGUACAUUGUAUCUAUCAGGCCUACAUGUAUCAGUAGGAAUUCGGCCCAGGUUGAGUGAGAUGUGGUCUUGUAGCAUUCCGAGGAGUAUAGUUUGGGAGAUGCACAGCGGUUUUGCAGGUUAAAAGUAUGCAUUGACCCUUGUCAAUAUUCAUACAUGUCGAAAAAAAUUCAAUGUAUCUUAGUCACAAAGAGUUUUGCAUGGCAAGGUGUCAUUGCAUAUGUCACAUGAGGUCAUUUAUAUCUAUUUAUCAUUGCAUUUAACCAUAUUAUUAUCAUAUCAAUCUGCAUAAUAAUAUUAUGCAGUAGCGAGUUAUCAUACUCUUUAUUUAUUAGGCAUCUGUUACUUCAGAUAAUUUUGAAAAAUGUAAUCCUUUCUUUUUAAUUCUGUAAAUAAAAGUGCCUGUCUAUGCCAACUCCCAGUCUUCCCUUGUAUUCAGAAUAGACUUUAAUCACAACUGUAUACUACAAUAUAAGUCAUUUUUAGUCAGUCUGUGCAAUUUUACGUUUUUACUUUGGUUGAGAGAUUUCCAUUAAACGGGACAUUUUACAUACAAUAAUAAAUCUGAUCUGGAAUUACCUGUAUUUAUAGACUACUUUGAUAGAAGGUUAGUCAUUUGAACAUACUUAGAUAUGGAUACCUUUAAAAUGGUUAAUGAAGUGCUCAAUUGCUCCCAAUGGAAUAGAGAGUAUGCAUAGCAAGGUCGAAUGAUCUAUUUAUCUAUUAUUUUGGCAGGGUUUUUUUCUUCACAAAUGUGAAGAAAAACAUUCUUGAAAUCAUCUGUAUGCGAACAUAUUGGCUCAUACCGUAAUCGUAACGACUGACGAGGAUAGUAGUACACUGCAAACCACUUGAAAGGUUAUUUUCAUUGUUAUUAUUUCUUCAACAACACCAUCAUUAUACCUGCCGAAAGCCGCUUGCCUUGCAUAGAAGAGUCUAUAUGAAAUACCCUUUUAGAAACACCAACUAUUUACCAUUAUUCUUAUUGAAAAGUGGUUUCAUUUUAUAGGGAAGAGCCUCCCAUCAUUAGCUAGACCCUUUUUAUUACAAGGCCAGAUCUGAGUGCUGUAUUUGUAAAUGAUUUUGAUGCACAUCUGUGGAUACAAAAGCCAUGUUCGUAUCAGCCAUCUAUCUGUAAAAUAACUGCAACAUUUACGGCUAUUUCGUGUUAAUUGGGCCUAAGAUAUAUGGUACCACCUAACAAUGUGGCAUUUUGCUUCUGGUUAUUUUAUGCAGACUUUGCGGCUCAUUUUCCUUCCGGGUUCUAAUAGUUUACUAUUACAGAUAUGAACAUUAUCCACUAAAGAGGCAGUAAUAUUUAUUUCUUUUAAAGUGAACUAGGCUGCUCAGUACCCUUGAGUCAAAAUCUUUAAAAAUUUGGUACAGUCUAAAGAUGCGUAAAAAUUAAGAAGAUAAAGCCUUGGGAGCUCGCGGUGGAAAAAAGUUUCCUCGAACAAGUCCUUCUUUUGUUAAUUGGUUACGGAAUGUUAAUGUUAUAAUUACAUUGUCAUCCACUGACUUUGGAUAUAAAGUGACUUCCAAUUAUAUUCAUGCCAGAUUCCUAUCAGUAUAUCAUUGCAUAGUACUUAUAUAAACCUAUACCAAAUAAUGUUACAAAGCACUCAUGCAUAUCAGUUGCACAUUAUUUAAAAAAAAAAAAUCAUAUGUAGAUGCCUGUACAUGUAUUCUUUUAAAUAGAAAGCUGAAUUAUUUAUUGCUCUGAGUAUUCCCUUUAUGAUAGAUUUUUUUCAAAGAGGCUAUUUUCUGUAUAUUCUUGUGAAAUAUUUUGGCAUUAUAAUUGUGUGUUUGCACCUCCAUGAAAACAUUGUUAAAAAAAACAUUUCUAAUAUUUAUGAAGAAUUCCAUUUUUUUUUUAAAUGUACAACUCAAAAUGUGAGUAAGUAUUCAAUUGACCAAAACUAAAAUGAAAUGUUGAGUGUUUUCAGUGACAUAAACAGAAAUGCCGUAAUUUUAAAAUGCUCUUGAUUUCUGAUAAGGGAAAUACAAUACAAAAUUAUAAUGUUUGAUAUAUUGAGGAUACUUUUUGAAAUGUUAAAACAGCUUUUGAAAAGGACAAUCACUGAACAUCAAAUUUAAUAUAGUGUUACUGCACGAUUUUCUGUUUAUUAUCAAUUGAUUCCUUUCUUUUUUUUAAAUGUUUACAAUUAUGUUAGUAGCAAUUAUCAGUCGAUAUGAGACACUGUUCCUUUCUUUU